UCCUGCCAGACAAGCGCCCAGCUGCCGAGAGAAGAUGGCGGGAGCGAUGGUGAGUGCCUCCACCGGGGCGAUGACCUCCCUGCUCGCGAAGCUCAACGCGCUACUCUCUGAGGAGUACACCAAGCUCAAGAGCGUCCGCCGCAAGAUCUUCUCCGUCAGAGACGAGCUCAGCAGCAUGAACGCUCUGCUGGUCAAGCUGGCCGAUGUGGAGGGGCUCGACGGGCAGCUCAAGGAGUGGAGGAACAACGUGCGAGAGCUUGCCUACGACAUGGAAGAUUGCAUUGACGCUGCUUUCAUGCACAAGCUUGCCCGUGGGGACACCGAACAAUCUGGCUUCAUCGAGAAGACUUUAUGCAAGAUCAAGGAGCUCCGGGUGCGGCACAAGGUGGCGAACCAGAUCGAGGAGCUCACCGCCCGUGCCAAGGAAGUGAGUGAACGCCGGACUAGGUAUAAGCUCGACGAGAGCAUCGUCAGGACCGCGACGCCUGUGCCCGUCGACCCCAGGUUGCCGGUGAUCCUUGCAGAGUCCAAGGGCCUCAUAGGCGUUGAUGGCCCACGUGACACGAUAACUGGGUGGUUGAUGGACUGAGAGCCACAAUUGAAGGUGGUCUCGAUCGUGGGAUUUGGAGGAUUAGGCAAUACGACUACGCUUGCCAUGGAGAUGCAUCGCACACUUGGGAAGCAGUUCCACUGUAUGCAUGGCUGAUCGGCAUCUGUAUCUCGAUGCCUUGAUCUCAGAAAGCUCACUAAGGAUCUACUUUCUCAGCUUGAACCAACACAUCAAUAUGGGCAUGGCGGAUUGGAUGCGCUGGAGGUCGAGCAAUUGAUACGGACACUUAGGGACUAUCUGCAAGACAAGAGGUUCUUAUAAUUAUUAGAUCCUUGUCUAUUCCAUAUG